GCUUAAAAUUUUGACCUUUAGCCUGAUGGAGCAUGGCACAAUUGGAAAAUUCUAAUAUUUAUGAGUGUCUUUUAUAUAUCCAUUCCCUUCGAGCUUUUAUGAUUCUUUCUGGUAAAAAAGAAGAAGAAGCUUUUACCUUUUACAGGUGCCUCAGUGUUGUGGGAUUUGUUAAUAUGAAGACAGAGAUGGAUGAGGUUUGCUUUCCAACUUCAGUUACUUCAGUGAUUGUAGUCGUGUUAAAAUUGUUUCCUUUUGUCUUUUAUUUUUUGUAUAUAUUUCUUAUUCCAACCUUACAUUCAAGCGGAAUUUACUAAUAUUUUGACUCUGAUUACGAGUAUUUCCACUUUAAUAGCUUACCUUCUUCUCUAAUUGGUUGUUUUCUUUUUCAAUAUAUAUUAACUACGUGUUUAAUUCUUAGGAAUUAUAUGGUCUCUUGUGUUGUUUCAUCAGGCUUAAUGCUGACUUUGUUCUAACGAUGACAGGAUUGGAGUUGCAUCAUUAAGGGUGAAAAUAAAAUAAUGAAUCGCAUAUAUGAAAAUAAAAUUAAGAAGAUAUAUGAAAAUAAAAUUAAGAAUAGCAUUGUUCGAGAUGAUGAGGAUGAAUUCAUUGCCCUUUUGGAGAAGUCAUUGGUCAUAAAUUCUGGGGGCAUGGUUAAACUGAAGUUCGGUGAAUCUGAAGUGUGCCCUUACGAACUUUUGGCAUUUAUCUGCCAUCAUCGUGCAGUAAAUUGUGGCACAGCACUGGUUAAAGGGAAGACGGAUCUUAAAUUGGAUCUUAACAUUCCGAUCAUCCAGGGAGCUUUCCCGCUGCAUGUAGCAGCUUCUUCAUUAUCUUUUCACUUAAUUGAGUUAUUCCUCCUCCAUGGAGCACGACCCGAUGUCCAAUGUGAUGCAAAUGACUUGGAGCACAAUGGGUUGCUCCCUCUCCAUAUGGCACUCGGAAGAGUAAGAUAUCUCGUUCGGUGGACUCCUAGAGAAUCCGUUUUCAAGUUGAUCAUCAUACUCUGCCUUCCAAAAAUGAAAGAAGCAUUGGAGACUAAUAGGUUGCUUGCACAUAAUACAGAAGAGAUCAAGGAGGUAAUUCGCUAUUUUGCGAAGGAUGGCAAACUCAUUGAGCUGGCUGUUCUUCUAAUGGUAGCUAGGGAAAAGGUUAUGGAUUCAAUUACAUUUGAGAGCGUCAAACUUUUCACUUCAACUGGAUGCAUGACGUUACAUCAAUGCAUCCAACUUGAACUUGCGGCACUGAUUAAUUCUGAGUACAGAUUAAUGUACAAAAAGGAAGACAAAAAGUUGGCCCAAAUAUGUAAGAAUUUGAAGGAGGCAAUGAUAUCUAUGCUACAGUUACUUGAGAUUUUUGAGAGGGCUGGGGAUGCUAUUGAGACUUAUCUUCAGUUAGAGCGAACUAAUGUCCCAAAAGAACAGGUUGCCCAAGAGGUUGCCAGUCUACUUGCUGUAGCGGGCUUUAAAUUGAAAUCCAGAGACUCUGAUCUAAGCAAUAUAGUAGAAUGCUGCCCGGACAAGCUGGUCUUGGAACACUCGAGUGAUCCUGUCAAGGAAAGAAAAGGACAAUCAGUGUUCUCACAAUCAAAUAAAAAGCCAACACAUAGUCUGCCAAAUAAGACCUGGAGGUUGAUUCAUACUCGCUAUUCGAUUGGGUCCUCGGCUUUAUCUUCUUCUAUCCUGCCGAUGCAUGUAUCCUGGAACCGGAAAGCCAACUUCUGUUCAGGGAUUCCUAAAACUAUGGGCAGUCAAUUGAAUGAGAGAUUAAAAGGAGAAGGGCAAUAUGUGCGGAAAUUUUCUCCAGUCAAGCAAUUGGCUAAUUUUGUAUUAGUGGUAAAGAGGGGGAUAAGAUUCAUAUGACUCUCAAGCCUUUUUAUUUUAGAGUUCUUAUUCCUUACGAAGUUAUGACUUAUGAUUCGUUUACUGUUUAGACAUUUGCAAGUAAUUGGUUUUAUGUUCGAAGUUGACUUAUGAUUCAUUUACUGUUUAUAGUUCUUGAUGGAUUUUUUUCACUUCAAGUUUGAUGUGCCAUUUAGUUUUCCUUGUUUUUGGUAGUUAUGUUAGAUUUGAAUGCUCAUGUUGCUUACUGGCAAAAGUUGUUCUCUGCAUAUGAAGAGAGAAUUGGUUAAGAGUGGCCUCUUGAUGCAAUGCAAAUGGAAGAGUACUUUCUUCAAAUAGUUGAAGAUCCUUAGAA